GAGAUACGUGUAGGCACGAGCGAGCGCACAGAGGAAUCCAAAAGAGCGGCUCCGGUGCGUGCGUAAAGGCUCGCUCUCACACCGUAAAAGAAGCUAUUUAGAAGUUUAUUUAUUUAUUUAUUUAUUUGUUAAUGGUAUUUACUCAUUCAAAACCUCUAAACAUGAACGGGGUGAGCAGAAGUUUGUGCACUUUUGAGGACAUCCGGAACCAGGAGUAUGUGGACCGUUGUAGAGGACUGAGGCUCACGCUACACGACCAAACUCAGCCAGGAGAACACCAGCGAGACAAGCCAGUCGGGCGAGCUUUUGCGUUGGUGCAACCUUCGAAUGAAAAGGCACCGUUGACCCCUGAACCUGUCAAGUCUAAAGAGGAGCAGGUGGAAGUCAUUAAGGUUUAUCUUGAAGCUCGUCGUCAGGAGCAGCAGAAGCACCAGCAGAGUCUGCAGAUGUUGUCUGAUGAAGUCUCUCAGAUUCAGGAGGUGCGAUACAGCCUGAAGACACUGAGGGAGCAGAUGGCCGCCAAAAACAAGACAAACGGAUGGAGGACUCCCUUUAAAAAGAACACCUCACCUGCACCUAAGGCAGACACUAAAAAUGAUGCACAGGAAAUGGAGGAUGAAGCUGAGAGAGCCAAACUGAGGGAAGUGAGCAAACGGCUUUAUGCACAACUCCAGGAGGCAGAGAAAAAGCACCAAGAGGAAAAAGAGAGACUACAGGCUGAAGGUAACCAGUUGAAAGAGCGUUUAAGUCACCAGGAAGAUAAGUUAAAGAGCGCAGAGGAGGCCGGAGAGGAAAAAGACAAACGAAUUGAUGAACUGCAAAGGCUUCUGGGAGGAAUGGAGCAGGAGAGCUCCACCUUGAGGGAGGCGAUUCGCAGCAGAGAGGAAGAACUGCUCGAGUUACGCCGGAUAAGAGAGGAGGGGGGGCAUAAAGACGGGCAAAGGACUGAGCAGUUGGAGAAGGAGGUGGCAGUUCUGAAAGAGAAGAUCCACCAUCUGGACGACAUGUUGAAGAGCCAGCAGAGGAAAGUCAGACACAUGAUUGAACAGCUCCAAAACUCACGCAUGGUGAUCCAGGAACGGGACCGUGUCAUCAAAGAGCUGGAGGAGAAGGUCGCAUUUUUGGAGGCUGAAAACCGAGAGAUGCAUGACCAGGUGGACUAUUUCCUGGGAAGUCAAAGGUCAAAUUCCUACUUGUCGGCAGAGCGCAACCCACAGAUCGUCUAUAGCAAACCGAUUAAGCCAACAACCUCAUCCAACAAACCUCUCCCGUUCAUCAAAGUCAUCGAAAUCAAGUCAUGAAGUGAACUAUGAAGACAUGGACAGUUUAUAAACUACAUUUUUCUUUAUCCUCAGUCUGUGAACAUUUUUGGAUCCGAGCUUGUAGUGGUCACUCUGCAGCUCUAACGACUCCCUCCACACCACACACACAAUAUGUUGGGUUCACCUCGCAGUACAAUAGUCUAUACUGUCCUUAGUUUAACACUGAGGUGGAGGGCAGGUCUGAAUUUUGUAGCAGAAUUUGCCUUAAAAAUGACAUUGAUUUUUGUUCAAAUCUUUGUAAUUACUCAGUCUAACCAUGUGAAACAAAAACUGGCAAAACGUUCGAUGUUUCCGCAGUUAGGGAGGUACCACUGUAGUAAUAAAAA